CACCCUGAAGUGACGGAGAUCUGCACGAUAUGAAAACCAAAACAAACCAAACUUAUCCUUGUGGGUGGAACUUGGCAUUAAUUAAGGGGGGAAAAUCAUCUAAGAUGAAGCGUCGCGUCGGUCGACGUCAUGCGCCUCAGCCACGCGGUGGCGCCGGGCAACAGCAGCGUCGUUAGGCUCGAACGCAAAUAAUUCCUUCGCGUUCAACCCCGCCGCCAACAACAACGUCUUCGCCAUUUUUCAAUCUAUACCACCAUGGUAGUCGAUACAGCAUACUAUGAUGCGCUCGGGGUUCAACCGACCGCAACCGAGCUCGAGAUCAAGAAAGCGUACCGCAAACUCGCGAUCAAGCUCCAUCCCGACAAGAACCCCGGCGACGAGACGGCCCACGUCAAGUUCCAGCAGAUCGGCGAGGCAUAUCAGGUCCUUAGCGAUGACAACUUGAGGAAGCAAUAUGACAAGUUCGGGAAAGAAGGCGCGGUGCCUCAUAGUGGGUUCGAGGACCCGUCAGAGUUCUUCGGCAUGAUAUUCGGAGGAGAGGCUUUUAAUGACUGGAUUGGCGAGAUCUCUCUCAUGAAGGACCUCACAAAGACCAUGGAAAUUCAGAUGCGGGAGAUGGAAGAAGCGGGAGAGGCGCCUGCUGGUGAAGUAAAGACCGCAGAAACCGGAGAGUCCAGUACUGGAGACUCUACUGCCACACCCGCUGGGUCGACAACAGGAUCGAGCGCUGCCCCUCCUCCACCAUCCGUAUCAGAGACGGAGCCCAUCGUGCCUCCUACUGCCCCACAAACAGCUGGAUCUACACCAAAAAGUGCUGGUCUAGCUCCAGAGCCACAGGCCGUACCCAGCAGAUCUGGCGCGAGCACUCCCCAGCAUGGCGCGUUGCCCAUAAGGCCUGCGAUUAUGGAUCGAUCCGAGGAGGAGGCAAGACUUGAUGCCGCCGGCAUGACGGAGAAAGAGAAAGAGCUCCGCGCGAAGGAGCGAAAACGCGGUCUCACCAAGGAGCAGCGCGAAGAGCUUAUGGCAUACGAGAUGGAGCGCAAGCGCAUCCGCGAGGAGCGUGUAGAUGACCUGGCCAAGAAGCUCGUCGAUCGAGUCAGCGUCUGGACUGAGACAGACAAGGGCAAGGAUGUCACAAAAGCAUUCACGGAGAAGACCCGCCUGGAGAUUGAGAAUCUGAAGAUGGAAAGUUUCGGUAUCGAGAUUCUGCAUGCGAUCGGAACGACUUAUACCUCGAAAGCGUCCGCAUUCCUGAAGUCGCAAAAGUUCCUCGGGAUUGGCGGAUUCUUCAGCAGAUUAAAGGACAAGGGCACGCUUGUCAAGGAGACGUUUGGGACCAUGUCUACGGCAAUAGAUGCAUCGCUCGCGAUCGAAGAGAUGGCCAAGCUUGAAGAGGCUGGCGGCGCCGAAUGGACAGAUGAAAAGAAAGCCGAGCACGAGAAAAAAAUCACAGGCCUCAUCCUCACAGCGGCAUGGAAAGGCAGCAAGAUGGAGAUCCAGAGCGUGCUCCGCGACGUGUGCGACAAGGUGCUCAACGACAAGGCAGUCAAGCUCGAGAAGCGAGUCGAGCGCGCCGAGGCUCUCAUGCUCAUUGGGCCGAUGUUCGCAAAGGCCGAGCGCGACCCCGAGGAGCAGGGAGACUUCAUGGCGUUCGAGGAGCUCAUGGCCGAGUCGGCGCGUAAAAAGGAGGCAAAGAAGGACAAGAAGGAGGACAAGAAGGACAAGAAGCACAACCCAUUUGGUCACCACGCUCACGCCGAUGAGAAGGCUAAUACUACACCGGCGGCAGCGUAGGCUUCGAGAAACAAGGCAUAAAGAUAUCCCCACAACUACGCCCAUGUUCGAGCAUAUACUUUCUACUGGGCUAUGAAAUCGCCAUUGAAUUUUUUCUUCGAGGGAGGGGGCUCUCUUUCCUUGUCUUUCGCCUCCUUGUCUCCCUUGUUUUCAUGUGAGUGCCAUUGCUUGGAAAUGAAUAGAGCAACAGCGUUAUAGCGUGCGUAGUCAGUCGAUCAGUCACAGAUUUCAAUCUAGAUUUCUUAUAAAGAUGGGGACUAUGUCUAUCCAUCAGUCAACCA